UUAGAAAGCUUAGCUGCAUAGCAGGUUCCCAAGGCUUCAUGUAUUAAGUAUAGCAUUAAACAGGCUUCGACUGCCUUUUUUUUGGCGACUGCAAACAUGGCAGAACACAAAGCAGUGGAGUUGGCCUCAGAGCAACCAGGCUUUCUGCAGUUCAAUAACUUGGCCUGUGAGACAGCUGGUGGGAAGGUUCUUUUUGCCACCGAUGAAUGGUUUGCUCCAGCUAUAAAUCUUCUGAAGAGAGAGACACCUGAGUUCAUAGCUUCUGCAUUCACUGAAUAUGGAAAAUGGAUGGACGGCUGGGAAACCAGAAGAAAAAGAAUACCCGGUCAUGACUGGUGCAUCAUUCAGCUGGGUGUGCCAGGGAUCCUCUAUGGCUUGGAUGUGGACACUUCCUUCUUCACUGGGAACUAUGCCCCAUCGUGCUCUGUUCAGGCUGCAUGUCUGGACACAGACAAUCUCCCACCACUGACCCUUGAUGGCAACCGCACAGGCAUGGCUGCUUCCCAGAGCCAGUUUGCAGCAGUUGCAAAGCUGAAUUCAGACUUGUGGGAGGAACUUCUUCCUGUGACAGAGCUGAAGCCUGGAUACUCUGACACGUGUCAUAACUACUUCCCAAUAGCCUUCCCUGGCAGGGUCACGCAUCUACGGCUCAACAUGUACCCAGACGGGGGUAUUGCCAGACUGAGGGUGUACGGUGUGGGUCAGAAAGACUGGUCAACAGUGCCGACAGACAACCAGGUGGACCUGAUAGCCUUGGUUAAUGGGGGGGUCUGUCUGGGGUACAGUGAUGCCCACUUUGGUCACCCUCGUAACAUGAUAGGUCUGGGCAGAGCUGCUAACAUGGGGGAUGGUUGGGAGACAGCACGUCGACUGGACAGACCCAGAGAGCUAAAGGUGGAUGAGAGGGGCAUUCUGCAGGUACCAGGCUUUGAGUGGGCAGUGUUCAGACUGGGCCACCCUGGAGUCAUCAGCAAAGUGGAGAUAGACACCAACCACUUCAAAGGAAACUUUCCUGACUCCUGUAAGAUAGUAGCCUGCUAUUUGACCCCUGAAGAGGAGGGACAUUGCAUGAUUAGCAAGUGGAGCACGGACAAGUGGCAGGUGCUUCUGGCCCCUCGGAAACUCCAGUCUCACCACAGGCAUUUCUACUCAGGUGAUUCCCUGGCGCUGAUUGGCCCUGUCAGUCAUGUGCGUCUGAGCAUCGCCCCAGAUGGAGGUGUCAGCAGGCUGAGGCUAUGGGGUCAUCCAGCCUCCAUGUCCUCAACCAAGCCUCUGACACCAGCCUCUAAACUGUGACACAGAGCUGGUAAUAUGCCAAGUCACUUCAUCGAAUCACAUUCAGUGAAUCGGUGGGCUGGUUUGAAGCAUAUUUACAUUGCCUUUGAAGAAGGCUACCAGUGUGUCAAAAAUAUGUGGAUACAGGUUUUCUGGUGCAUGUGAUUCAUCUGCUUUUGACGUGGUUCAC